AUGAGUGAUCCGAUUCCAAGCUUUAUCGAUCGAUUACUAUCAGGUACUUACAGUUUCCAGGAAUACAGUAAUCCAGUUGUUGUUUUUUCAGUAAAUGAUUGUUCCAACCCGUCACUGACUCAUUGCAUCAAAGAAGCUGAAAUAGAUGAUGUGAUUCAAAUAUGCUCACAAGUUGUUUUGGAGCAACCAACAAUGAUUGAAGUUCAAGCACCGAUGGCUGUCUGUGGUGAUAUUCAUGGACAAUAUGUUGAUUUGUUGAGAAUAUUCAAUCGAUGUCGUUUUCCACCUGAUCGCAAUUAUUUGUUCCUCGGAGACUAUGUUGAUCGGUAAGGAAAAAUAGACCAAAACAUCUCAAAAAUGUUUUUUUUUCUCAGAGGUCGACAACAAAUUGAAACAAUAUGUCUGUUGAUGGCUUACAAAAUCAGAUACCGCAACACAUUUUUCAUUCUUCGAGGAAACCACGAAUGCGCUUCAAUCAAUAGAACUUAUGGUUUUUAUGAUGAAUGUAAAAGAAGAUAUUCAAUCAGUUUGUACAAUUCAUUCCAAGAUCUUUUCAAUGGUUUGCCACUUUGUGCAUUGAUUGGUGGUCGUAUAUUUUGUAUGCAUGGUGGUUUAUCACCAUCGCUCGAAAAUUGGUCACAAAUCUCAGCUAUCAAAAGACCAUUCGAUCCACCAAAUAAAUCAAUUGCAAUGGAUUUAUUAUGGGCAGAUCCGGAAAAUGGAUUCAAUGGUUGGGGAAAGAAUACUCGAGGUGUGUCAUUUGUUUUUGGUGCCGAUGUUGUCAAUGAUUUUUGUGAUCGAAUGAAUAUUGAUUUGGUUGCGAGAGGACAUCAAGUGGUUCAAGAUGGUUAUGAGUUUUUCGCUUCGCGAAGAUUGGUUACCAUAUUCUCGGCACCGAAAUAUUGCGGGGAAUUUGACAAUAAUGCUGGAAUUAUGAUUGUCGAUGAGAAUUUGAUGAUCUCAUUUCAAAUAUUGAAACCAGCAGUGCGUGAAGUUAAUGUGAGAGCCAAAAAGAGCCAAAAAGGUCCGGGAAGUGGAACAAGAAGUUUAUUGCAUGCGUAUAAUGUUGACAAAUCGAGAAUGAAUCAAUGA